CCUGAGUCUGCGGAACUCGUGCACGCUUGUUCGAGGAAGGGGUCAUACACGAGUAUUAUAUCCACGUAUAUCCCACGUUGCUAGGUAGACUCGCGGCGCAUAGAACCGAAUCGCGCCAGUGUCUGGACCCGAACGUGGACACUUUCGAAUCACGCUGGCUCCAAAAGCGGAUACGUCCGUUAUGGUUGGUCAUAGUCUGUCAUAGUCCGGUGCCGACGGAGCCUCCUUCUCGCGCGUUACAGUACAAUUGACACUUAAAAUAUCCGAGAGGAGGAAAGAAAUUAAUUUUCUUCCAACGGUGAAUUUCUCAUCCUUUCCACAACUUCGACAAGUCUUCGAUUUCGGGGGUCGAGACUCGAUCGCUGAGUCGAUUUAUUUGAAAAUUUCAACAAGAACUUUCUUCUUUCUUUUGCGUCGGUCGUCUUCGGGACAGCGAUCUUUUUGAGCGUUAUCGUUUAUCAGCGGUGACAUCGCACGACGAUUGAUCGGCACGCGAUGCCAAUUAAGUGACUUUGCGGCCUCCUUCCUGCCGAGACACCUGCCGCGCUCACCACAGGAGAGAAGGUUCUGUCACGGAAGGGGUGAAUCAUAAAACCGAAUAGAUCGAAAUGGCGUUCGCGUGGCACCUAAUAACAAUCUUCUGCUUCAUAGUCUCCCGAGGCGAGCCCUGCACAGAAUACGGAUGUCCGGGACGACCGCAGUACGAACCCUUCGUUCCCGCGCCUCCUGGACGCACCCCGAACUGCGCGCCGCCGGGUCAAACCUUUUGCGAAACCUUGGACCAUUAUCCGCGACAACUCAUCAAGUUUCUCGUCGACAAGUGCAGCUUCGACUUUAGCACCGCAUUGCGAGACGAAUCUCGUGACGACUUCAAUUCGUACAGGUAUAAUGACUCUUCCCCGAAUUACAGUCAAGGCUACGACUAUCCGCGACAAGGCGAUGGUCAAUUAUACGCACAGAGAAGACAGCCGGCUCCGAUUUAUGGACCGCCGUCCAACAACAGCCGUUAUCACAGUUACAAAUAUUUCGCGCCGUCGCAGUCUCAGCGAAAUCCUUUUCUCCCGGAAGUAACUCUGAAGUAUCAUCAGAACAUUCAACGGCAAAUCGAUCACAUCAAUUACUCGCAAGAGUCCUUAAAUGUGUUUGGACCGAACCAGUCGUGGCUAAUGAACAGAUAUUCGCGAAGCGACAAAGUAGCACCGCGGUCUUAUCACGUGAAUCCUUUGUUGGAACACGCGAAACUCAAGAGCGAUAAACGCGUAAAACGACAAUCGAGUCCGAACACCGUUCUUCUGUGCCCCACGCAAGCACAGUACAUCGCUCCCAGAGCCGCUUUGAACAAUCAGGGCAACUGGAUGUACGUUGUCAAUCUGCCGGGACAGGAAGAUAAGUACACGCAGCUCGUCAGAAGCGAGAAAUGUUUAAAUAACGAAUGCAACGGUAUAUGUUCCGUUCCUGAGGGGUAUACAAGCAGAUGUCAACAGCAAUACGUGCAGAAGAGAUUGGUCGCUCUCGAGGGAAGCGGAAAUCGACUUUACACCGACGUGUUUUGGUUCCCGCACGGUUGUACGUGCGAGAUUAUACAAAAUUUUUGAAACAGAUAACUGUGCAAUUGUUUUUUUAAUAAAUGAAAUUAAAACUCUUGGUUUUCUCGACGGUAAAUUGAAGUCAAACCGCGUUGGUUUUCAUCGCAAACUUUUACAACUCGACGCAGAGUGCGCUUCAUAUCGCGCGCGUUGAAAGUGAGUAUCGAUAAUGUAGCGUUCUAUGAAGGAUGCGUGUGUAGUACACAAGCAAGUACCACACGCGUUAUUCGUUUCGGUUACAUAUUUACCAGCGGUGUUAAAGCAGAAACAAGUGAAACAUUUAUAAUUUGUCGAAGUAUAUUAUGCGGCUUUUUUUAUUGUUAUCUCGGUGGCGAAAAUUAUAGCGACUUAAAUUUCUUUCCGGAAGAUAUUUGAAAUAGCGUUUUUGAUACAUAUUCGAACUUUUAUAUGGUAUAUUUAUACACGUUUUAUUUUAAGUUCUACCUUAAUAUAGAAUGAAUCUUUUUGCUCUUUAUUGAUUGAAGUGAAACAUAUCGAAUACCUCUGAAACUCGUCGAAUACCUCUUAUUUUUCAACGUCUUUACGUACGUACGGUAUAGUUCUGGAUUUUAGUGCCGCUUGUGAAUUAUUUCAGUUAAUUUUUUAAUUAAUACCAUGUUUAUUUUGAGAGUAAGUAGUUUAAGAUGAAAAAUUGAAUUGUUUUUCAAUCUAGGUUAGAUUAUUUAUGUGGAAUGAUUAUUUCUCUUGUUUUCAACGAAUUUUAAGAGAAACGAAGAAAAAUAUAAUCUCAUAUUAAUAAGAUUUAAAAGAAGACGUUUUUUUAUUAUGCGAAAACAGCUACGAAAACAAUGUAUUUGAAAUAUACAGUUGCCA